AUGUCCAGAUUGAUGAACUCACCAUCAUCUGCCACAUUGCUACAACCAGCCCUAGGAGCUGCCAUCAAGUUCUGCAAGGGUUCUGGAGAGUUGCAGUCACUGCAACAUGAGGAGCAGCAGCGAGGGAGGUUGCAAUGGGGGGAGCCACAGCAGCAGGGGAUGAAGUCUGGGGUGCGUUUACUGGGGGAGCUACAGCAGCAGGAGAUAAAGUCUGGGGUGCAUUUAUGGGGGAAACUAUGGCAGCAAGGGAUGAAGCCUUGGGUGCAUUUUGAGGACAUUGAUGAAGUGGCAUUGUUGUGUUGGGAGUCUACACUGACUCACCUGAUGGUAAUGCAGCAGCCUGCAGGCAUGAACAAUAAGGCUGCCUACACAUAA